UUCAAAAGAAUCGAGCUCUAAGAUAGGCUGGACCUUUGGGGCUAAGGCUCAAAACGCCUCUUCUCCUUCUAUAAAGUUUCAAAAGCCCUAGCUGCGAAGACUGCAAAUUCUAUAAUAGGAAGCAGGAAAAGGCAAGAAGGAGAAGGAGCGCGAUAGCUAGCAGCUAGGGUUGCUGUCUUUCGCUUCUGCAAACUUCCUCCGGUAAUAUUGACACCAUGUCUCGUGUGUAUGUUGGUAACCUAGACCCCCGGGUUUCUGAGCGUGAUCUUGAAGAUGAAUUUCGUAGAUUUGGAGUUAUAAGAAGUGUGUGGGUUGCACGGAGGCCACCAGGUUAUGCAUUUAUUGACUUUGAUGAUAAAAGGGAUGCAGAGGAUGCCAUUCAUGAAUUAGAUGGUAAAAAUGGUUGGAGAGUUGAGCCUUCUCACAACUCAAGAGGAGGUGGUGGUGGUGGCCGUGGAGGGGGUCGUGGUCGUUUUGGUGGUUCUGACUUGAAGUGUUAUGAGUGUGGUGAACCAGGGCAUUUUGCUCGUGAAUGCCGUUUGCGUGUUGGUGGUGGAAGACGACGUAGCCGCAGCCCUAGAUAUCGUAGGAGUCCCAGCUAUGGUCGAAAGAGCUACAGCCCCCGAGGACGAUCCCCCAGGCGCCGCAGCCUUUCACCUCGUGGUCGCAGCUAUAGCAGGUCUCCACCAUACCGUGGUCGUGAUGAGCUGCCAUAUGCCAAUGGAAAUGGCAUACGGGAUCGACGUCGAAGCAGGAGCUGAGAUUUGCAACCUUAGUAUAAAUGGCCCUUGAUGAUGCUAAGAUUAAGAGUGUUUAUUGUGUUUGGACUUCACUACAACUAUGUGUUAAUGGGCGACGCCCUCAGCCUCUUGGAUUUGGAUAAGUUUCUUAUACUUAUUACUAUGUUGUUGCUUUUCUUAAGGUAUGCAGGAUAGUUUUAGGACUCUUACUGGCAGAUGUUUCUAUAGGUAUUUAUUAUGAGUUUAUUGAGACAGUUUGUCCGUAAGACUGGUGCUAAAGAAUUUACGCAUUUCUUUUUGUGUUGAGGUGUCUUCUGGGUCUGCUUCGUUGGUUUUUGCUACUUCACUUGAGGUUUCAUUCUUGGCUGCUCUGCGUUGGGAUCUUCAAUUUUGAAUGUUUGGUUCCCAGCUAACUGCUUGUGUCUGCAUCUGUUUGAUUCAACUCUCCGGCUCUGAUACACCUCUCAAUCUGUAGUGGGAUUUCUUUUAUUUAAGUUUAAAGGGGAGAGAGCUGCUUCAAAUGCUUCUGGAAGGUACUUAUAUCUGUUCCACAGAAGUUGGGGUUGUAGGAAUCUUAAUAUUAUGUGUACUCUGUUCCUAAAAACAUAUAAGAACGAUAUUUUUUUUAAAAAAAUGAAGAUCCUGAUGGUUCAACUUUGGAAAUACUCAACAUUUUUUUAAAAUAAUUUUUAGACAUAAAAAGAUUUUAAUCUUUGUUUUUUGAAGCGGAGAAGUGUGUUUGGUUCCAUCUUUGGGUUGGGGGAUGCUGAGAAAAAAUUAUUUACAUUUUAGAUUUCUUUUUUUUUUUGGAGUUUAUGAAUUCAGUCACUCACAACAAGGGACUUGCCUAUUCAAGUUUAAAUUGAAUUUUCUUGCUUCUUAAAAGUAAGAUUUUACUUGUUAUUUACAUUUGUUUUUACGCUUUGCUUGAAAAUUGUGUCAUCAUCUGGGUGUUGCGGGUUUUUAAUAUGUUCUGGCCUAGUUCUCAUGGACUUGGUGAAAUAUCUUUGAGCUGCUGGAAAAGCUCCUAGCGGCAACAUGUCUAUUUUACAAGCUUUUGGCUGAAGACCUUGCAUGAUGGACUGCAUCUUUUGACCAAAAGGUCUCAAAGAGUUGAUAAUGAUUUCCUACCUACUGUAACUUUGAUUUCUGUGGAAAUGUAUUGGUUCUGUUCUGAUAUUCAGCUGGAUGAUUUGACCAGCGGAAUUGCACGGCCUUUAUGCAUCUAUGCCUUACCUGCUGUGGCCCACUGAGGAAGAUUUUAUAACUUCAUCAUGGACAGUGGGUGAGGUCAUUAAGUAGUUGUGAUUCCACAACUAUAAAAGGUAAUAAGUCAACUCGUCUGAUAAAUCAAGACUGCAAACAUCUGCAUUAAGCACUUUAUGUUUAGGAUGAAGUCUCUUGACAGGGAUGCUUUAUCUUGGAUGAGCUCUCCUAGUGCAGUUGCCCAAUGAUGUUCUUCUAUUUUUCUUUUUUCAGAUUGUAUGUGCCUUUUUCUACUAGUUUUAUUUGAUGGUGUCGCACAUAUAUUUCCUACUGGGUAACUAUGUUGAUUUGUUAGUAACAUUUUAUUUGCAAA